AACAAAUUUCCCGGAAAAUGAUUUUCUCACGGGAACAGGAAAUCCUGGAAAAAACGCGGUGAUCAAGGACGGGAACUCGCAACUCUUUCUGGCGUUCAUUUCUUCUCGCAGAAAAAUUAGUGCGGUCGCACCUUAGAUUAGAGAUCAAUGCGAUAACAAUGACCAUAAUCCUGUCCGAUCUAAGAUGAAUCCCAGAAAGCCCGACGGUCCACAACUGAUAAUCCUGUUCUUUCCCUGAAGAAUCCGUUUGAUAGCAGGGAUAUAAUCGUUUUAAAGAAUAGAAGAAAUGUUGAGGUUGUGGAGAUGGUACCAGAAUUGCUUGGCAAUCCACCCAGUGAAGACGCAAGUUAUAAGCUCGGGUUUAAUUUGGGGAUUUGGGGAUUUUGCAGCGCAGACUGUUACCCAUUUCACCGCCAAGAGGAAUCGCCAGUUUCAGGAAAAUGAUAAAAAAUUGAAGAUCAAUUGGAAACGAGUGGCUACAACAAGCUUGUUUGGGUUUGGAUUUGUUGGACCAGUUGGCCAUUUUUGGUAAUUGUCUCUUACCUUUGAGAAUCGACAUGGAUUUACUUGACUAAAGGGCAUGAUGUCUAUAUGGACAUGUAAUGAAAAGGAUACUUCAUCAAAAUGUGGGUAUAUAACCUUAAAUGCUCAGUUUGUUAACUAUUGUUACUCCAAACUAAAAUAUUAAAUGGUGCAUAUUAUAUGAAAACUUACUAAGACGUAAAGUUCAGAUCAUGGAGUAUCAUCUUAAUGAUUUUUGUUUUGUUGGGAUUAGAUAAUGCUGUAGGGAGCUACUCUUGUAUGAUUUUGGCAAGGUCUUCUUCAAUCACAUGCAUCUGUUGGUGCUCCUUCAAUGUGUGCCUGGGUCAUUUCUUGGGGCCACAAGAAUGAACUGAACUUUGGUUUUGUCUUCACUAAUCAACUUCUGUUAUCUUACCUCGUUUGAUCUAGUCUCAUGGUGAUUUGCUAAGGCAUUUAAACCCAAAUAUUUGCAGUGGAUUUUUAGUAUAUGAACAUUCCUAACAUCAAAAGAUGUGCUGGAGAUUUACAAAUUGGAGGCUGGUUUACUAGAGGACUUUGAAAUAACUUGUGAUUGCCUCAUUUUCCCUUUGAGGAGCCAUUUAUCUGUGGUAGAAGUUGAAGGGACAAGAUGAAACAAGUCUUACUCUUCUCCUAGCGUGCUUGUUAUUUGUGCUCACUUCUUCUUGGCCUUUUGUAGGUAUGAAGGUCUAGAUCGAUAUAUAAGGUUACGACUUUUUCUACAGCCAAAUACUUAUCGUUUUGUAGCUGCUAAGGUAGCAAUUGAUGGGCUCAUCUUUGGUCCAUUGGAUUUGCUCGUGUUUUUCUCUUAUGUGGGAUUUUCUACCGGAAAGAGUAUGACUCAAAUUAAGGAAGAUGUGAAGAGGGAUUUUAUCCCAGCGUUACUUCUUGAAGGAGGUAUAUGGCCAAUUGUUCAAGUUGUAAAUUUUCGGUUUAUACCAGUAAGGUACCAGCUACUUUAUGUAAACUUCUUCUGCUUGUUGGAUAGCUGUUUCCUGUCAUGGAUUGAGCAACAAGAGAAUGCUCCUUGGAAGGAACGGUUGAAAUCUUUGCUACAUUUGAAGUAGAAAGUCAUAGGCUACCAGAUGAGUUAGAAUACCCUUCUCAAGAUUCAUUGCAGGUUAAAUUGUUCAAAAUGCAAAUAUAUACGAGGGUAAUAGUGAUAAAACCUACAGAGAAUUCAGAAUUUUCAGGUUUUCAGGUUUUCAGGUUUUAGGAGUUACUUUUUGGUCUGCUCAUGUUUAUCUGAUUCCCCUUCUGCAUACAAACAAGUACCUGCUCAUUAUGAUCUUCAAACAACUUCUUUCAUAGAUAUUCUGUUAAUUUUCUAUGUGUAUAUUUUUCGACUC